CGGGCUAUUGGAUACCUGCACGUAAUAUUUUUCCCCUUGCGAGAGAAGCAUCGGCGCAGCAAACGUCACACGCCUUUUGCUCUCUCGUUCUGCCCCGAAGGCAGCAACCAGCGCCUACCUUUCGCUCCCUCCUCCCGUGCUCGAAUCCCUCGCAUUGCCGUGGCGACUGGGAAGAUCUCCGAAAGACGCGUUUGUCUCCCCUUUCCACUCCGCUCCUACCCAAGUAACGCCAACUCCCUUAGCGCGCGUCAACUUCUCUAAAGAGGGCCGACUAAGAUGGCCGGAAAACUGCCCUCCAUCCCUGCAUGCUCCUUUCAUCGCUCCAUCCUCGCAUCCACUGCUUUAAUUGUCCUCUACUUCUCAAUAAUUUUAAUCAGAUCACUCCGAUCCCCGGUUCAAACCGAAAACCACUACAGUUCCCAUCUCCCCUUCGCCAAUGCCCUAACUGAUAACCUCAGCCCAUCCGUUGAUCGAUCUCAUUCGGCAUCGUUUUCGUCAAUCUACCACUCUCCAGAGAUUUUUAGAGCGAGCUACGCCGAAAUGGAGGAAAGAUUUAGGGUUUACAUAUACCCUGACGGGGAUCCGAAGACCUAUUACCAGACGCCGAGGAAGCUCACGGGGAAGUACGCGAGUGAAGGUUAUUUCUUUCAGAAUAUACGGGAGAGUAGGUUUCAUACUGAGGAUCCUGAUCAAGCAAAUAUUUUCUUCAUUCCCAUCUCCUGUCACAAGAUGAGGGGAAAGGGCAUAUCAUAUGAAAAUAUGACUAUUUUAGUUAAGAAUUAUGUUGAAGGGUUGAUGAGGAAAUACCCUUUUUGGAAUAGGACCUUAGGUGCUGAUCAUUUUCUUGUUACUUGCCAUGAUGUUGGUGUUAGAGCGUUUGAAGGACUUCCCUCUCUCAUAAAAAAUUCCAUUAGAGUUGUUUGUUCUCCUAGUUAUAAUGUUGGAUAUAUACCGCACAAGGAUGUUGCGCUUCCUCAAGUGCUACAGCCAUUUGCCUUGCCAGCUGGAGGAAAUGAUGUUGCAAACAGGAAAAUCCUUGGAUUUUGGGCUGGCCAUCGAAAUUCCAAGAUAAGAGUUAUCCUUGCACGUGUAUGGGAAAAUGACACCGAACUUGCCAUCAGUAAUAACCGUAUAAGCAGAGCUAUUGGAGAGUUAGUUUAUCAAAAACAGUUCUACAAGUCUAAGUUCUGCAUAUGUCCUGGAGGUUCUCAGGUUAAUAGUGCUCGGAUAACUGACUCCAUUCACUAUGGUUGUGUUCCAGUUAUUCUUUCUGAUUACUAUGACCUCCCCUUCAAUGAUAUCCUCGACUGGCAGAAGUUCUCCCUUAUUGUUAAAGAGAAGGAUGUUUACCAACUGAAGUCUAUACUCAAGUCUGUAUCAGAUGAGGAAUUUAUCGCAUUGCACAAGGGAUUAGUUGAGGCCCAGAAACAUUUCGUGUGGCAUUCUCCUCCUGUUCCAUUUGAUGCAUUCCACAUGGUAAUGUAUGAGCUAUGGUUGCGGCAUCAUGUGAUCAAAUACUAAUUUUAUAAGGAAAAUGGUUCCCAGGCCGAAGAAAUGUCUCCGAAUUUAGGACGCCGAGGGUAUUUGCAGGCAUCUUAUGGCAGAAGUGGAUAGAAUGUAGAGAGCUAGUUAGAUGCCCAGUUUUGGUGAUAUGUUAUUAUAUGUAAUGUGUUAAUGGAUCAGAUUUUAGUGUUUAUUCUUUUGUUUCUAUAAAAUUUUUUGAUGGAUUAUUAUGUUAUUAUAGAUCCCAAAUGUUAUACCUCAAGAAUUUGAAGUCCAUCAAUCCGGAAGUGUUCCGAGCCGUUUCAUAUGGAUUCACACUGGGCAUCCGCGAGGAAAGAAACCACAAGAGUAUAAAAAUUCAAGGACGAAGAAAUUUAUCGUGUAUGCCCAACAGGUGAACCAAGAUCUUUCUCAUUGCAGAGAUGAAGAAAGUUGUUCCCAUUCGUGCUCGAGUUCUUUUUUCUCAUUGCUGAGAAGAAAGUUGCCCCUAUCACUGUCCUGUAGGUGACCCGAGAUUUUCUUACUUGUUGCUGCCGCACAUUCCUGGAGUAAUUCUUAUGCGGCUGUCACACAUUCUAGAGGAGAUGAAGAAAAGUUGAAAUUUUUUUUUUUUUGUGCUUUAUGAGGGAGAUUUCUGUGUUUUUGUGGUGGCGGUAUCUGCAGAAUCUCUACCCCCAGUGCUUAUUGGUCUUUAUGGCUUCUUAAUGCGACAUUUGUAGAUGAUGCUAAUAUAUUUUUUUAUAUGUCUGUGGUUA